CCUGGAGCAACAUCACUGAACAUCUCUGUUGCUCAGUUUUCCCUCCCUGUUCUGGAAACUGUUUCAUUGAUACCAAGCACUCAUGUAGAACUUCCUGAUGCCACAACUAUUCUGUUUGACUCUAUCUUCAUCCCAAGUGAGCCAGUAGCAUCAUUUGCAGUCAGUCGUACAACUUUGCUGGAGUUGCCAGAAUUAAUGCCAUCGGAAUCUCUGUUUUUGCUUGACAAAACAUCUACAAGGGAAGAACUGUCUUUAAAUAUUUCAGAUUUUCCAUCCAAUCUUUUAUCAACACCAUUUCUUAUUGAACCUAGCUUGUCUUUAUCAUCAGCCAUGCUAAAUUCUUACUCUGUCAUGCAAAGCGUUUUAUCAACACUCUUACCUCAGAGCUUGUUGACUGGGACAUCAGUACUUUCUGAGGAUGUUUCCAGCUGGGACUUAGCUAACACUGUCAGCUCUGCCACUGACACCAAGUUUUCUCAGUUUCCGCUCGGCCAACCAUCGUACUUUUAUUCAAAUGCAUCCUCUGUUCUAGGUGCACAUGUUCCUGAAAUAACACCAUCAUCAGAUUUUCACUCCGAGUCGUCUGUGUUUCUGGAAGCACCCUCAGUAUCGCCAGUGGGCUCUGAAGUUGCAUUUACCUCAGCUGUUACAGGAGCUACCUCCCAGUUGGAGCCUUCCCUCUCCACCUCUCACUCCGUGGUUCCUACCCUGGUGCUGCCUGCUUCCGACACCCAGUCUGUUACCAGUGGCAUCUCGCUCAAUGAAACAAAUCUGAUCUCUUUGUUUACUACUGUUCUGGCAACUCCUCUCUUAAAUGUUUCUUCAUCUCUGCUCACAACUGCUCUGGCUUCUGAUGAGGAUAUCGGUGCUACAGUUAACCCCAUGCUGCUUUUAACAUCUCGCAGCGAGGGCAGUGCCCACACAGCCCUUUCUCCCACAGACCCUGACAACCUGACGUCACGUGCCGACACCAGCAGCGCGAUGCCCUUUACUACAGCAUCUCUGUCUGUGACCACGUCAUUAGCUCCCACGCAAUUUCCUCCGACUUCUAGCCCUCCCACUGGAUAUGAAGUUCCAGCAGAGAGCAAUGUAACUGCUGGUACUGAUGCGUCGGCUGCUCCCACCACUGUCCCCACAACUACUGCUGCCAGUGCCACGGGCAGCCAUGGCACCGCUGCUGCAGGCGGACUGGGGACGUUCUCCACCCCUCUGGUGACCACUACUCCAUCUGAACCUGUGGUCGUAACCUCUGCCGUGACCACUACAAGGCAACCCUACGUCUGCGACAUCACGGUUCCCGAUGCUUACUUAGUCACUGCAGUGCUGGCCCGAAGAGCUGUUCUACAAAAUGUCAGUGAAUCCAUCAGAGAAGUGCUCAGAGUUCAGUUCAGGCGAUCAGUAGAGCUAGAGGUUUAUAAAAUUUCCCCCAAAUUUGCUUUCUUGGUGACAUCAGGUCCUUUUGUUUACACGGCAGUAGCCGUCAUAAAUGUGCUUGUGAACAGCAGUCUUCUUCGUGGUGAGGCCCCCAUGAUCCUCUCACUGCAUCCUUCUUUCACCGUGCCAGAUAACAGAUUCCAAGUUCAGACAGUGCUUCAGUUUGUGCCUCGGAGCGUGGAUGUUGGGUUCUGCAACUUUAGCCGGCGCAUUGAGAAAGGGCUGACAACAGCAUUCAGGGAGGUGACCAAACACCAGGAAUUCUACAACUUCACUGUGCAAAUACUGAAUAUAACUCUGAGCAGGUCUGGUGUAGCAUUUCGGCAAGGCCCCGUGAGCAUUGUUUUUGCUGUCCGAGAUAGAUAUGGCUUUCUAAAUGGAUCUGAAGUCAGUGAGCAGCUGAGAAACUUGUCUGUGGUGGAAUUCAGCUUCUACCUGGGCUAUCCUGUGCAGCAAAUUGCUGAGCCCUUUCAUUAUCCUAAGCUUAAUGUGUCUCAGUUGAUGAAAUCUUCCUGGGUGAGAACAGUUCUCUUGGGUGUCGUCGACCAGCGAAUUCAGGAGGAAGUGUUUCAGGCUGAGAUGGAACGGAAACUAGCUCACCUGUUAAACGAGGCUUUGGUCAGAGGGCGGAUAUGGAGACGAGCCAGUUUUGCAGGCAGCAACAUUGUGCAGAUUGUGAACGUAUCACGGUUAGUUGGUGUUGAUAACCCUGUGGAGCUGAUCUAUUUUGUGGAGGACCAAGAUGGAGAGAGACUUAGUGCUCUGAAGUGCUCAGACUUGAUGAACAGAGUUGAUAUCCAGCGGGCUGCAAUCAUCCUUGGAUACCGCAUUGAAGGCACCGUUGCACAGCCUGUGGAGAAGCAGAAGGAGUCCACCUCGGAGUCACAGAAUAGCAACCUAUGGAUUAUUGUUGGUGUGGCAGUCCCAGUUGCUGUGGUGCUUCUGAUCGUUAUUAUUUUAUACUGGAAACUUUGUCGAACAGACAAACUGGAGUUUCAGCCAGACACGAUGAGCAACAUUCAGCAGCGGCAGAAGCUACAAGCCCCCAGUGUGAAAGGCUUUGAUUUUGCUAAGCAGCAUCUAGGCCAGCACAAUAAAGAUGAUGUCCUGAUUAUCCACGAGCCAGCUCCUUUACCAGGACCUAUUAAGGAUACCACCCCAUCUGAAAAUGGAGAUGUGCCCAGCCCCAAAUCCAAAACUUCCUCAAAGCCUUCAAAGACUGUUCGACACAGAGGGAGAGUUUCUCCAUCAGAUGCUGACUCCACAGCAAGUGAACAAUCCAGUGGGAGAGAGACAGGAGAAGAAACUGCAAGACCAUCAACUGUUGCAAACGAGGGCAAACCACGCAGAGCAGUGAAGAAGGGACCUCCUCAGACCAGCAGUGGAAAUGAGCAGCACUCCUCGGCCUCUAUCUUUGAACAUGUGGAUAGGAUGUCACGUUCCUCAGAUGCCAGCAGGCGAGUCCCAAGCAAAAUCCAGCUGAUUGCUAUGCAACCGAUGGCAGCACCUCCAGUUCAGAACUCAGUGCUUUCUGAUCGAGUAGCAGAGACCAACAAAAUUAACAAAGAGAUACAAACAGCCCUGAGGCAUAAAUCUGAGAUCGAGCAUCACCGCAAUAAGAUUCGUCUUCGCGCCAAGCGCAAAGGGCACUACGAAUUUCCGGUGGUGGAUGAUGUGGUGGUUGUUGACUCCAAAGAACAGCACAGAAUAUAUCGCAAGGCACAGAUGCAGAUUGACAAGAUCUUGGACCCUGGAGGCAGUGUGCCUACUGUCUUUAUAGAGCCCAGGAAGAGUUCUCGUGCAAAACGUUCUCCCAAGCAGCGCCGGCGACAUCAGAUAAAUGGUAGUCCGAUUGAUGCAGAAAAGGACAGGUUAAUCACAACUGACAGUGAUGGGACAUACAAAAGGCCUCCAGGAGUCAAUAAUUCUGCAUAUAUUUCUGAUCCAGAUCUGCCUCCUGAACCUCAGACAUCAUCUUCAGCUGAUCUGGGGAAGUUCCCUGGCUUGCCUCCCCACCCAGUCUCCCAGUACGUCCCACCGCAGCCAUCCAUUGAAGAGGCUCGGCAAACCAUGCAUUCGCUGCUGGAUGAUGCUUUUGCGCUGGUGGCUCCCAGCAGCCAAGCAGCCAAUUCCACGGCAGUCACGCCACCCGGGGUCUCUGCAGGACAGCCGAGAUACGUGGAAUUUGGAAUGACUCCGCCAACAGCACCAGGUCUCCUACCAAGGCAGAACUUUGGGCCAGGUUUUCUUCAACCUGCAGAGUUAAUGCACCCAGACCAGCAGCCACCUGAGGUUCAAUAUUCCUCCAGAGGGAUAUACUCAGAGGAAAUGCCAUCAGUGGCACGGCCACGACCAGUCGGAAGCACUGCAGGUUCUCAGAUACAGCACCUCACUCAGGUGGGAAUUGCUAGCAGAAUCGGAGGUCAACAAGUGGAGAUCCCCUCAGGCAGAGCAGGGCAUGGCCAGCCGGGGGGGCCAGGGUGGCCCCAGUACCGUGGAGAGGAUGAAUAUGCUAGGCGAGAUGCAACGCCUAUGCAUGGACACCAAGAAUAUUCCUCCUCACCAGUAUUCCAGAUGCCGAGGACUUCAGCCAGGCAGCCUUCGGCACCCCCUGCUCAGCUUCCACACAACAACCUUCAGGGCCAGGGCCUUUGCUACACCACCAGUUCCACUGAGGACCUCCAGCCAGGUCACUCUUCAGCCUCUCUUAUCAAAGCAAUUAGAGAAGAACUUCUACGACUUUCUCAGAAACAGACAACAGUGCAGAACUUCCAUAGUUGAUUUAGCAUUCCCUUGCAAAUCUGCCAGGUAUCUGCUUCCUAUGGAAGCAAAGACUUAGAGGAAUUCAGUAAAUGUUGUUCUCUCAAAAGAAUGAAAUUUCACAGCUCUGUUGACAACACUCUGGAAAAAAAAAGAAAAAAGGCAGCAAAAUGAGGAUAGUAAGGAGAGAUGGGGGACAAACAGGGAAAAUCGUCAGUGUCAUCACAAGUAAUAUUAAUUAAUCUUCUAAUAUUACGGUGCUCCUCUUCUCUCUCUACCCUCAUUCAGCCUAACAAGUAAGUAAAACCUUAGGUCAAGAAGUCAACACUCCAGCAACAAAAA